CAGGCUUUGUGCGGGUUUUGAGUAGUCAUGUGUCCCCUGAACUUCAGACAUCCGGAAGUAAAUAAGUGAUCUCAUCGCAAACCCGGUUGCUAAGCUGCAAGUGUAGACUGGGGUCGCAAGCAGCCACACAAACAUGAAAUCAACAACAAGCACUGAAGGAGCCAGACAGAAAGCAGAUUAGUAGUUGGCAUCAACUAGCUAGCUACUGAUUUCGGUCUUAACCAUUCUCUUUUCACCAAUCAUAGCUAGAGAUAUUCUGGUGGCAAUUAGCUUAAAAUGCAGCUAAAGGUCUCAUCAUACAGUCUACACACCUGACGCAGUUACCUCUGUGUGAAUAAUAACAACACUCCUUUGAGUGUUGGACGCCUAAGAAUCACCAUGGCUGUGGCCAACACCACCAAAACAUCAUGGAGAUUACAGGAGAUUGUAGCCCACUCCAGUAAUGUGGCGUGUCUGGCCCUGGGGAAGAACUCUGGCCGUCUGCUAGCCACUGGGGGAGAGGACUGCCGAGUCAACAUCUGGGCAGUCAGCAAACCCAACUGCAUCAUGAGUUUGACAGGCCAUAAUAACCCAGUAGAGUGUGUGAAGUUUAAUAACUCUGAGGAGCAGGUGGUGGCUGGCUCACAGUCCGGAUCACUGCGUGUAUGGGACCUGGAGGCUGCAAAGAUCCUAAGAACUCUAAUGGGACACAAGGCCAAUAUCUGUAGCUUGGACUUCCACCCAUUUGGGGAAUACCUGGCAUCUGGUUCCAUGGACACCAACAUCAAGCUGUGGGAUGUACGGAGAAAGGGCUGUGUGUUCAGGUACAAGGGUCACACUCAGGCAGUGAGGUGCCUGGCCUUCAGUCCAGAUGGGAAAUGGUUGGCCUCUGCGAGUGAUGACAGCACCAUCAAGCUGUGGGACCUGACUGCAGGGAAGAUGAUCACAGAGUUCACAGCACACACCGGAGCCAUCAACAUCAUCCAGUUCCACCCCAACGAGUAUCUGCUAGCGUCAGGCAGCUCUGACAGGACCAUCAAACUGUGGGAUCUGGAAAAGUUCAAGAUGAUUGGCUCUUCAGGGGGAGAGAUGGGACCCGUCAGGUGUCUGGCCUUUAACCUGGAUGGCUGCUGUCUGUACAGUGGAGCUGUGGACUCUCUCCGUGUGUAUGGCUGGGAGCCCGACCGCUGCUUUGAUGUGGUGCCAGUGGGCUGGGGCAAGGUGGCAGACCUGGCUAUCUGCAACCACCAGCUGAUUGGCGUGUCGUACAAUCUGGCUAAUGUUUCGUCCUACGUGGUGGAUCUGACGCGGGUGAAGAAGUCUGGCUCUGUGAUCCAAGGCGUAAUCCAGGACGACCAGCCGCUCACAGAGCCCUCCCCGAAAGGAUCCACGCUGCGACGCAACUACGAGCGACCCCUGACCACCUGCAGCACACAGAGGGUAAAGCAGAGUUCUGAGUCAGAGCGGCGCAGUCCCGAGGGGGAGAUAAGGAGCCCCAGCAGCGAGGACGAGAAGGAGUCCUCCGCCGAGAUCCGUAACCCCGAGGACUACAAAGAGAUCUUCCAGCCAAAGAGCGCCAUCUCUCGCACCCCCCCAAAGAAUGAGCCCUUCCCUGCCCCCUUAGAAGAUGAGAGUUUUGUGGUGAGGGCUAACCAAGGGCUGGUGGAGGUCAUGACUCCUAUGACUGACAGACAGCAGCCCGGCCUGUUGAAGAACCUUCCAGUGGCAUCGUCCACUCCGGUCCUGAGGGUGGAGCCUACCGUGGUCGCCACGGUGCCCUGUCCCAUCCCAGUGGUAACCGCACGGCCGCCGACUAACCACGCCCCUGCACCCCACCCAGCCCCCCCACCGGUCGUUGCUAUGGCGAAGGCCAAACCCCAGCCCAGCGUCAUCCUCUCCUCCAGGAAUGAACCAAUAGGACUCAACGUGGGAGAUUUCCUUCCUCCUGCUCGUAACAACCGAUCCAGUGUGCUGGGUGAUGACGAGGCUCUGGCCCAGAUCAGAAAGGGUCAUGACACCAUGUGUGUGAUGCUCACCAGCCGACACAAGAACCUGGACACUAUCAGAGCCGUGUGGGGCAGCGGGGACGUCAAGACCUCCUUGGACUCUGCGGUCUCGAUGAAGGAUCUCUCGAUCGUCGUGGACAUCCUCAACAUCGUUAACCUCAAACCGUCGCUAUGGAAACUGGACCUGUGUACCUCUAUCUUGCCCCAGAUUGAAGAGCUGCUGCAAAGCAAGUAUGAGAGUUACAUGCAGACGGGUUGCACGUCUCUGAAGCUGAUCCUGAAGCGUUUCUGGCCUCUCAUCUCAGACACGCUGACAGCGCCCCCCUCUGUUGGAGUGGAUAUAACACGGGAGGAACGCCACCAGAAGUGCAAGGCAUGCUACAAGCUGCUGAAGAACCUCAGCGACUUGGUGAAGAACAAGGCCGACCAGGUGGGUCGCCACGGCAGCGCCUUCAAAGAGCUGCAACUGCUCAUGGCGCCACUGGACUACUGACGGUCGACGAUGCAACUGGAGACACGCACAGAUUCCUCAACGGCUGACCACUGUGCUGUGAGGACUCAAGUCUGACUGACGGCUGCAUUUUGUCAUCCACCUGAGUGGUAAAUCCCAGAUUCACACUACGUGUGGAAGGACUGAAGCAGUGGACUCAGAGACCGUACGGGAUAGAAGCCCAUGUUUAGAACUCACUGUGUAGGCUGUGUUCUCAGGGCGCGGGACUCGGCUCUCCUAUUUAAACACUGGGCACUUAUGAUUCCUUAAUCUGUAUGUGAGAGAAAUGAUGUCCUCUGUAACCUUAACUUGCCCACCACAGAUGAGCACACAGACCUGACUAGGGCCAGGUUUCAAUCCGAUCGUGGGUUAUAGGAGUUGCGGCUUUAAAAAAAGCAAUGUUCACCUUUAAAAGCCGCAAUACCUGUGUUCAGGUGCACGGUGUUUUCUACAUUCUGUACCUGAGAUGUCAACCCUAGAUGCACUAUUUGAAAGUAUUGUUAACGCUAAAAGAACAUGUUUUUCAAAUAAAGUCUAGUUUUAGGCAUG